AUGAGUGCAAAAUGGCCAGAUCCCGAAAAUGAUACUUUAGUGUUCAUUGCGAAUCCUGUCGAAUCCGAUAUGCCUGGUCAUUGGAUUCCAUUAAGCAUAGUUAAAAUAAUUUUAGGAGGGACGACUACUACUCCUUUUAAGAGGUUAGUUCAACCGAUAACAACGACUGAAAGCACGACACAAUUAUCUACAACAACAGAGGCAGCUACUACGACUGUACCAACAGAAGAAGAAACAGUUCCUACUACGGAACUUACUACUACGGAACCAACAACUCCAACAACCACUACUACAGAGGAAACCACUACUACAACUACUCCAACAACUACUACAACAGAGGAAACCACUACUACAACUACUCCAACAACCACCACAACAGAGGAAACCACUACUACAACUACUCCAACAACCACUACUACAGAGGAAAUUACUACUACAACUACUCCAACAACCACCACAACAGAGGAAACCACUACUACAACUACUCCAACAACCACCACAACAGAGGAAACCACUACUACAACUACUCCAACUACCACUACCACAGAAGAAACCACUACUACAACUACUCCAACAACCACUACUACAACUACUACUACAACUACCACUACGACCACAACCACGACCACACCUCGAGGUCCAAAACGAGGCUCACCGGCAACAGAUAAUCAUGAAAAUAUGCCAUCU